AUGGUCUCAACUAUCGACAACAAUCCGCUGGUUCCCAACUCCAUGCAGAGCCGAAGCUCGCUUGGAAAUGAUGAACAGUCAAGUGGCCAGACUCACAAGCUCAAUGAUCUGAACAUGAUUAUUGACAGGAAUGUCGCACCCUCCCCACAAGCGAUGUGCGCUGAACUUGCUCAUGAACACGCCCUGGAAGACCUCCACAAACUCAUCGAUCAUACUUCUGAACCGAACGAUCCGACUAAGAAUAAAGAUCCAUUUUUUAGGGUGAACUACACCGACCAUGCUACUCAGUGCGAGCCUCGCAAGCCAGAGGAGUAG